GAGACACCUGCAAAGAGUAGUGGACUUUGGAACUGGGCCGUGACUUUCUGUGCGGACCCGACAUUCACAGAAGCAGGCGUGAACACCGUUGUAAGGAAGAACAUCUCUUCGGUCGUUUAAGGUGGGCCCAGACAUAUACACGAGCAAACACUUCUGAAGACCUGGAAACAAAGAAAAACAAAGACUAAAGGCCUACUACUACCUACUUGCUGUAAAGGUGGAUGGAGUGACAAUGACGCCGGUUGCCUGACUAUAUCUCCUCAUUAUCAUUCCCCUCCCCCUCCAUCCCUCCAAUCCCCUCCUCCCAUCUACCCCCCACCACCACCGCCAUACACAGCCAAACAGCCACCUCCAUCUAGCUCUGCCUCCUAUCGACACUCGGUCUCCACGAGAGGGAAAUUGAAGAUUUGCAAGUGCAGCCUCACAUUUGUAAUCAGAUGAAAGAAGGGAUUAUCUAAAGGUUUCCUCCAUCUUGUUCACGGCUGGGGCCGAGAUAGAAAGAGGAGAGAGGGAGAGGGGAGGGGGGGGGAGGAGGAGGAGACUCGAAGAAAGAAAGAGGGAGGGAGGGUGUAGUAGGUAGUGCGUGGCUAGAGGGGGAGUCACCUGUGGAUGUGAGGGGGGGACCAGCUUCUCUUUUUCCUCUACGAGAUCCUGGAUUGACGUCGGUUCUUCAGAAAGCUGGGAAAACGAAUUGAAGCCUAGUAAAGGAGAAGAGGUGAAGAGAAAGACCUCAGGCACGAAGCUCAGAUUGAAAGGGUUUUCUCAUGGCAGAGGGCGGGCCACCCGCUUCUGAGUUGUUCCCAACGGGGGGUGCCACAGUGCCACUUGAUGGGGCCCUCUCCGCUGACCCCCUACUGCCCCUCUCCAAGAGCUCUGUUGACGUGCUGACUGCCCCACGGCACCAAGAGGAACCAAAGACAUCCAGCGACCGUCAAACUUCAUUUCUUCAGAGAGACAAUGCUGGUAGAAGUCAGGUGGACAGUCAAAAGUCACCUGCGGACCCCCGGUGUACUACCCAACACCCGGCGGAUCCAGUGCCACCCAGGACUUCAGCCCGCCCCCACAGCAUAGCUGAGGCAAACACAUCACAGAGGCUAGGAGGCGUUGCAAAUCAUAGCCUCCAAGUCGACCGGGGCAUGAUGUUGUCUGUGUGUAGGGAAGGCCUUGCAGUCUCCUCCACCUCCCAGAGAGACCUGAGAUGGGACAGGCUGGGACCAGGACCGCUGCCUGUUCAGAGGAGUCAUUCCGACACCCUCCAUCUGGUCAGGGAGGCUGGAGGCCCGUCGCCCCCUGGUUACCCUGGGAGAGACACCCCUCAGGAGGCCCACCCCAUGUUAGCCUGCAAGCAGGCCAUGCAGCUGCAGCACUGCAACGCAGUCACCACCACCUGCCGCGGGGGAAACAGCGGAGGAGGUAGCCCCAAGCCGCAGCCUCCGGGCGGGUGUGUCAGGAUGUGCAGCUCUGGUCCUUCCAAUCCUACGUCGGAGGUCUGCGGAAAUGCUCACCACCACCACCCGCACUGUGAGGAGGGUAUGUGUCACGGCGCGUUUGUCCACCAUGGGACCCUGGAGGACACGUUCGCGGCCUACUGCCACCCCCAGCCCAUCCCAGCCCCCACCCAGCAGGCGCCACGCCUAGCCGGCGUGGACUCCGAUUAUCGUGACGCGAGAUUGAUGGCGGGUCACCCGGCAGCUAACCUCCUGGCCCUCCCUCGCCUCAUCUCCUCCGUCAGUGAGACGGGGCUGGACGCCAAGCGCAUGCUGCGCUGCUGCAAACUCAACUGCACCUGGGUGAGACCACUGCCCCCUGGUGGUGGAGGGCCGCCGCAGGGGGAGGAGUACGGCGGCUGUAGUACCCGAGCCGCCACAAGGGAGACAGGGACCAUGACAGCCUGCAAGGAGCUCAGGGACGUAGGGGUGCAGACAGUCCAUGCCCCUGAGCCUCCCCCACCCCACGUCUUCCCCCAGGUCUGCCUGGUCGAGGACUCCCCCAACCGGGCCGAGAACGCUAACGGCGUGGCGGAGGUGGCGAGCGGCGGCCAGAAGACCCCGGUGAAAGAGGUGAAGUGGGACGCGGAGGGAAUGACGUGGGAGGUGUACGGGGCGUCGGUGGACCCUGAAGAGUUGGGAUUGGCCAUUCAACGGCACCUGGAGCUGCAGAUCAAGGAGACGGCAGGCCGUGCCGCCAAGCUGUCUCGCCAGGACACCAUCACCUCGUGCAAAAGCAGCAAUGACACAGGGCGCAGGAGAAAGAGGGCCGGGGUGAUGGCCUCCAUCCGCAGUCCUGCCUGCUGCGCCCGCUCCAGCACCGCGGUAGACUGAUGGAGGACAGAAGAGGGAGUGAAACCCAAACACUGUGCUCCUUGGCCAAGAUGGCAGCUCAUACACUCGAUAUUGUGACCCAUAUAGCCUACUAAAGUAUGAUCUGUCUUACAGCAGGAGAAAUACAUGUUUCCAAGAACCCACAAAUAUAUAGAAAAACAUGGCAAAUGUAGGUACAAUGAAUGAAGGACAGAACAGAACUAAAUGUAUGAAAAGAAGGUUUCUUAUUGCUUUGUUAUAAGCUUAAACGUAUAUGUAUUAAGCCUGUUCUCCUUUAAUUUGCAAAACUUUUAUCACAUUUUGAGAAUGCCCCUUCGACAUUUUCCAGUUGGGUCAUUAGGCUACAUUGCAUAGCUAAAGCUAGCCUUAGUGUAUGGAUAGGAAUAGCUGCAAAAAAGCCCCAAAAGACAGAAAAAGGCUACUGUAUAAUAGCAAUCUUUGAUUGACUGUGCCUCAUCAUCCGAAGAAAACAAUAUCUUUGGUUGGUCUGCCGUAUGUGGUAGUUUACAGUGGUCAUUUGCAAAAAAAGUACCAUGAAAUCAAACUGUAUGUAAUCUGUUUUGUACCCUAUUUCAACGUUUCAUGUUUUCAUUAUCAAUGUAUUUUCGGCAAAUAGGAGAUUGUGCUUGUGUUAUUAUUGUGUGUUUUUUUCAGUCUAAAUCCACAGCCAAAAAGAGGCUUAACUGGGUUGAGGGUUCAGUGUGUGUUUUGCUGUGUGUGACUUGUUCAUUCAUCCAUAAUGGCAACAGAAAAGAUUUGAAGAUCUAUUGUGAAUCCAAAUAUUAUUAGAAUUAGAACAGUAUCUUCACAAUGUACUGUGCUAUAAUAACCCUUGGUAGCAGUGUGCAAUCCUGGUGUUGCACAAUGGUAAUUGGUCAGUUUGAUUGAUCUGUAACUAAGAAUGGUGUGUAAGUAAAAUGAUGUACUGAAUUAGGUUAAAGAGUGAAACGAUUUGUAUUAAUCAAGAGCAGACAAACAAAACAAUCUUAAAACCAGAUUAGAAUAUAUUUGUAUUAUAGGUUACUAUUGCUGCAAUGCUACAGUUCAGUUUGUUUUGGUAAAACUGCUUUAAGUACAUCGUCAACAUUUGAAUCUUGGAACUGGCCCUGUGUUGUACACUGACUUACUACAGUAAAUCAAUCAAGAAUCAAGUAAGGAAUUUGUUUAUGUUCCAUACGGAAUAAUUUGUAUUAAUUUGACUAGUAAUGACAAUAACAGAGAUGCCAACUGAAGCAACAUUGGUUAGUAUUGUUGAGUUGUGGUGGAGGAGGCCAUAUUUGACAGGAAUUUUGUAGAUUGUUGCUGCUUUCUAUAUACAGUCUGUAUACUGUAGUUAUGUCACCUGUCGGUUGAUUUCAUGAUGGAAAUGUCAUGUAUCUCAAAAUGUGUUCUUCUGACUCUUAAUGCCAGCAAUAAAGUAU